AUGGACGAGACGACAACAACCCCCGAACGACCCUCCGGUCGCGCCGACAUCCCACGUCCUUCUUCUGCUGAAGGGGCCAAUAUUACACCGUUAUCACCGACAGGAUUUCGGUUCAAUCCUCCAAAGCCGAAAGACGUAGAAGUCUACGAGAAAAAGCCAUUACCGCCCAUUCCACCCAUUCCACCAAAGCGGAGGCCAGCAGCCUCUAUCUCAAGCCAGAAGGACUUGGACAGCGCAAAGGGGGUCCAUCCGUCGCCGAAUACCACAGGAGCCGGUCCUCCCGAAAAGAUCAACAAUCGCCAAAACUCAGGGGACAUUGACUGGGAAAAGGAGGAGGCAGAGAUCAACUCCAUCAUCGCCAAGCAGUUAACACCCAGUGGCGGAACACCAAUAUCAACGUCAGCAUCAUCUCCGGCACCGCGAACACCCAAGCCUCUACAGAUUCCUCCAGCAGGCUCUGAACGCACCCCAGGGUCGAGUUCGUCACAACAAAUCAUUUCAUCGCAACCACGAUCACCGGUAUCGAAUAUCCUCCAGCUUGAUAGUUUCGGACCAUCUCCACCGUUAUCACCUACCAGGCAAAGUCAGAAUACCAAGGUUAGACAACGCUCGGGACCGGGCCCUUUUGCCGAACAAAAGGAUCGUUUCACCAACAGCGAUAACAACGCCACAGACAAACAUCCGACAGGUUAUAUAUCACCCGUCAGUAGCCGCAGCAGUUAUUACAGCCAAUAUCGAGAUAGCACGGUAUCCGAAGCAGGUUCAGGAAAUCUAGCCGCAAGCAGCGCACCUCUCCGGUACGAUAGCCCCGUGUCGAUAGAAUACUCUCCCAAAGCAAAAGCAAAUCCAAAUAUCGGUAAGCGACUAGUGGCAAGAGAAGCGCCAUCGCCUAUCCCACGACCUUUACAACCACGCAAGGCCAGUGAUACCAUCAGAGGAGGUGGCAACGGGACCGCAAGAACCAUGUCCCCAGCUCCCUCAGCCAACAGUGAUCACAGCGGCAUCAGCAUCACUGAUGCCCGUGAGCUCUACCACGAGACAACCGCACAGAUCGCUCGUAACACAGGAGGAUCAUGGACAUAUCCGAAUGCCUUAAGCCAACCCCCACACCCACACCCAGGAAGCAGCGUCGGGAUCCCAUCCCCUCGAUCCGCCGGGGCCCCGGGUCAUGCCUGCUUCCUCAGCGAGGAUGGCACACCACGGACAACUGGUGAUAGUAAGAGGGGAAAGAGGGAAAGUCAGGAGCCGCUACUCAGUCCCCUGCGUUUUGUCCCGGUGCCACAGCAGCCACCACCCGUGCGGCCGCCGAGGGAGGACGAGCUCCCGUUGUCACUGCCUUCUUGGGAUUCGGCGGCUGAUACAUUAGUGCCGGCGGAUCCUGUGCAGGAAGAUAGAUCACAACCCAGAUCCAGACCCAGAUCCAAUUCGCAAUCCCCGCGAGGUUCUCGUCACUCUCGUGCUGCGUCUCCCUCUCCAACGCCCUCCACCACAAAUUCCCAAAACGCCGCGCUCAAGACACGCCCCCGAAACAGAGCGCAGACCAUCAGCAGCUCAAAGACCACUACUGCCGCUAUAGGAGCCACACCAUUGGCCCAUCGGCCGCGCACAGCUGAUAGCGGCGGCGGCGGCGGCGGCAUGGGACAGCCGUCAUCCUUCUCCUUUUCGACCGGCUCCUCAUCCACCUCGUCUGCCAUCGGGUUUUUCCCACUGCCUCAGACUCUGAAAAUGAGCGCGUUGGCAGCAAAGACGAACGAGUUAUUGGUCGGCGGCCGGUUGGUGAGGAGAACCAAGUCGGUGAAGAAGAGAGAGAAUCUGAAGAAUAGUAUCAGGGUGUUGGGCGAUGGAGGCAGGGUGGAGGCGCCGGUUGAGUUUAUCACAGGACACGAGUUGUUGUCGCCGCCUGAGAGGCCAGCGAGAAGUGAGGAGCAGGGGUGGUUGUGA